AUGAGCGUGAUAGGCGAUACUGAGCCUCCAAAUCUCUCUCCGCACCUCCUACAGCAGCUAAAAGAUGCUGGUGGGGCCGCAAUCGCUGAUUUACUGGAGCGAGCGGCAAAGUCCGAAGACAAAAAAUUUGUCGAGGUGCUGGUAAAUGCCGCAUAUGAGCGAAGCUGGGAAAAGCUGCAUUGUGGAAGCUGGAAAGAUGUUCUACCGGUGUGGCGUCAAUCCUUUGGUAUUGCCAGUGUGUUGCGUGCGCGCUGCUUGGCACACCGUCAGCAAUUUUUAGAGAGCUUGAAAAUUCUUGACAUGUGUCUCAUGAUGUCAGGGCCACUGGCGCCAUCUGAAACGCACGCGCUGAUUGCUAACGUGGAAAAGCAGCUCGCUAUGAACACGCCGGAGAAAUCAAUUACACGAUUACCCGAGCAGGAACAAAGGAAUGUGAAGAAACCGCGACUGGAUCAUGAAACAAGUAGAACCAAUUUUGAAAAAAAGACCUUAAAAUUUCCUCUGCGACGCUUGAAAAUGCCUUCGCUGGAAAAAUUUCGGCAAAACAUGAUGCUGCAGAAUGAGCCAGCCAUUAUUACAGGUGCGAUGGAGUUUUGGCCCGCAUUAGGGCGAGCCGCUGGACCGACACGAGCAUGGAAGAACAUCGAGUAUCUUCGCCAGGUCGCUGGGCUCCGAACGGUGCCUGUUGAGGUAGGGUCGGAUUACUUAGGAGAUGACUGGGGACAAGAGCUCAUGAGUAUGAACGAAUUCUUGGAUCGGUUUAUCAUACCAUCGCUAGCGAAAGAUGAAGUGGGUAUCGACAGUAGCGAAGGUAGUACAACCGUGGCAAUUCAGAAAAUGGGAUAUUUGGCGCAACACCGUCUUUUUGACCAGAUCCCUUCGCUUGAACGUGACAUUAUGAUCCCCGACUACUGCACUUUGCAGCGCACUGAAGUCAUUGAUGACGGGGAAGAUAUAACGAUCAAUAGUUGGUUUGGUCCCUUAGGGACUGUGUCCCCAUUGCAUUUUGAUCCUAAAGACAAUCUCCUAUGUCAAGUUGUUGGAGCAAAGUACAUUCGACUCUACUCUCCAAAAGAGAGCGAUAAACUUUAUCGAAUUGACGGUUUGCUCUCUAACACGAGUUCAGUAAAUGUUGAAGAUCCAGACUAUGUGCAAUUUCCUAAAUUUCGUCAUGCACAAUACGUUGAGUGCAUUUUACGUGAGGGUGAAAUGCUUUACAUUCCUCCCAAUUACUGGCACUAUGUAAAGUCUCUCUCUACAAGUUUUUCAGUGAGUUUCUGGUGGUCUUAA